AUGGCUACACGUCGUACGAAGAAGUGGCUUCAUGUCAAGGAACGUAAAUCAAAGUUUGCCACACGUCAAGCAACGCGUUCGGAAAUUUUGCACGUAGAAGAAGAAGGCUACAUUGCUCCAGAUACCGUUGACAAUGAAGAUGAACGGAUUGUUGAUUUAACUCAAGCAGAUAUAAAAUCAUCCGUGGACAUUUUCAGUGCACAAAAACGUUUUGAUCUUCAGCUUCCAUUGUAUGGCCCUUAUCAUAUUGAUUAUACACGAAAUGGACGACACUUGUUACUCGGUGGCCGUAAGGGUCAUGUGGCAGCAUUUGAUUGGCAAACAAAGAAAUUACAUUGCGAAUUGAACGUCAUGGAACAAAUCAAUGAUGUGAAAUGGUUACAUAUUGAAACUAUGUAUGCUGUUGCCCAACGACAAUGGACUUAUAUUUACGAUAAUCAAGGUGUAGAAGUCCAUUGUCUUAAAGCGCUCGAUCGUUCGUUACAUUUGGAAUUUCUUCCGUAUCAUUUCUUACUCGCUGCUACAAAUGAAGCAGGAUAUCUGUCGUACAUUGAUGUGUCGAUUGGUAAAAAAGUUGCUGCUUAUAACACAAGAAUAGCGAACGGAAAUGGCAAAUGUGGUACAUCAGUCAUGUGUCAGAAUCCAUCGAAUGCAAUGAUUGGUCUGGGUCAUGCCGGUGGCGUUGUCACAUUCUGGUCGCCAAAUCAACGAGAGCCAGUAGUUAAAAUGUUAGCGCAUAAAUCAACAAUAAGAUCAGUAGCAGUCGAACGUACUGGAACUUAUAUGGCAACAAGUGGCGUGGAUGCUAAAUUAAAGAUAUGGGAUCUACGAACUUAUAAAUGCGUAAACGAAUACCGUACAGCGUCGACUGGCGCAUCAGCAUUAACAUUCAGUCAGAAAAAUCUUCUUGCUGCUAGUUACCGAGAUAUUGUCGAGAUAUACAAAGAUCUCUAUGAUGAAGAAUCAUCAUCAACUGAACUACCUCGUUAUCUUGUUCAUCAAUGUCCCAAUGGUUCGUCCAUUGCAUCGAUCGCGUUUUGUCCGUACGAAGACGUGCUCGGCGUUGGUCAUGAUCGUGGAUUUGUCUCAUUACUUGUGCCUGGUGCUGGCGAGCCCAAUUUCGAUGCUCUAGAAGCAAAUCCAUAUCAAACGAAGAAACAACGUAAACACGCCGAAGUUAAACAACUACUCGAUAAGAUUCAACCUGAUAUGAUUACAUUGGAUAAUUCUGUAUUGAGCGAAAUCGAUCGAAAAGCAUUCGUUCGAAAACAAGACGAAAAACAGAAAGAAUUCAAUUUUGUAAAACCAAAAGAGUUGAUUGCUAAAGCUGAGAAGAAGAAAGGCAAGAUUGGCAAACGAUUAGCACGCAAAAGUCAAAUUCACGAUGCUAAACUUAAAGAAUUUCUUCAACAAAAACAACUGAAACGUCAGAAAACGAAAAAAUAA